CACCGAACCAUCGAACCACCACCUAUUCGACAAGAAUCCAUCAAGCAAAGUCCAACAUGAAGCUCUUAACUCCAGAACAGGAAAGAGAGCACUACUCCAACGUCCUCAAAGGCGGCUGGGGAGGUCUAAUCGGCGGAACAGCACUCAGCACAGGCAUUCUCUGGACCCUAGGACGAAGAUUCCCAGCCAUUCGCCAUCUCAACCCUUCCUUCCACGCCUUUCUGGUAACCGGCACCGGAGGUUUCGCAGCAAUCAUCUACGCAGACCGCUACUCGCGCAACUACGAAGCAACACACAACCCCGACAGUGCAUACACUUCCUCUCAAAUCCUCCUCAAGAAACAAUUGCAAACUGCAAAACCACUAUCUCAACGUGUCUCAGAAUGGGGUCUGCAAAACCGCUAUCGCAUUGUGCUGAGCUCAUGGGUUGUAUCUAUGGCAGUCGCUCUGGCCUUGAUCAACCGCAAACCUUUCCUCAGUCGAGCUCAGAAGCUCGUGCAGGCUAGAGUGUUUGCCCAGGGUUCCACGCUUGCAGUCGUGAUCGCCAGUUUGGCAUUUGAAGGGGCCGAGGAUGUUAUGAAUGAAAACGCCGGCGAGGUGCUUGAUAGUGUGGACAGAGUGAGAAGGGACAGGUAUCCUGGCCAGAACAGGUGGAUGGAUAUGGUUGCAGCUGGUGAGCAACGCAUCAAGGAGCAAGAACAGGUGACCAUGUAGCACAAGAAACACACUAUUUGACUUCGAUUUUUCUAAAGGCAGAUAAUCUUGAUAACAGAGGAAUAUAAAUCUCAGCUGCCU